GCUGUAAAAAAUCAAAUAAAUUUAUUAACUAAAUUUAUUCAGUGAAAGAUGUCUAACACCAGCAUUCAAGAGAGGAAAACUAUGCAUUUUAACCUAUUUUUCCUUGAAAGUCCAGACCAGAAAGCUUACCAGUCUUCAUACCAGCAGAGGAGGGGCAAAAUAGAGAGUUAUCUCAGAAACCUCAGGACCCAAGCUCGUAGCAAGAAUAAUAUGACAAGCCAUUCUGGGCCAAUACACCGGACUGUUUUCGACCAAAAUAGAUACUCUGAACCCAUCACUAUGGAUUACAAUGACCAGGAUUCCCCAGUCCAGAGCUUCAACAAGUUUAUGGACAUGCGGUGUUUGAGGCAGAAAAAGAAGAAAAUGAGAAUCAACCUUAAAACCGUUCAGAAAAAUCAUUCUAGGGAUGAGAAUAAAGACCUUAUCGAACCAAUGAAAUCAUUGUAUUGCACUAUGAAAGAUGAAAGGAUAAACUCCAUUCGUCAUCAGUCAAAUAGGACCAAAACCGGCUUCAAAAAGACCUCUACUGGUUCAAAAAUGUACACAAAUCUAGCAGGCAAACAUCCUUAUCAAAUACCUAUGAAGCCAAAUAAUUUACAUAGAUCCAUGAACAUCAGAGAGAGCUCUGAAGAGAAUGUGGAGGAGCAGACCUUUGCCCAGUACCGCCAUGCUAAGCAGCUGAAGAGAGCUAUUCGGAACAACAACCUAGUCGGGUUACUCAAGAAUAAGCAGAAGCAUAAGAAGAGUUUGCCUAAAAUUCCUCAAAUUUCCAAAAGUCUCAAGGCUCAUAAGAGUAGCUUGAGGACCAGUCUUAAGAACAACUACUUGUUGAAGGGUCUCCAGGUUUGGCAGAAAGAAAAGAGCAAGUCCAAGCCUAAGAUAGCAACUGAUAAGAAGGUAAUGAGGCAAUAUUUCUACUAGUCUGGUUCAACACUUC